CACAGCGCAGCCGAACUCCCUUUGGGCUAGGGCUGUAAGUACUCGCUUGAAUGUAGGGCGGAGCUUUAUUCAUCUUAGCCAACCAGAAGCGCGACCCGACGAGUCUUUCUGACCAAUAGAGCGCAGCGGCGAAGGCAUGCGCAGAAGAAGAAAAAGCUUACCUAGAGUGGAGCGGCGUGAGCAGCUGCGGCGGCCAAUGGGAUUGGAGGCUGGGAGAGACCAUGAAGUGAGUGGGGGGAGCGGAGACCUGGGAAAUACCACUAGGGAAACAGGGAGGGGGGAGUGUUAUUGGGGACAGAUAUAGACUAAGUGGGCAUUAUUAAAAAGAGGGGCUAUUGUGGGGGGGCGCGGGGGGGGCAAAUACCUGGAGGCGUUUGGAAUUCAUUGCUUUGGUUAAAGGGGAGGCAUUUGCUGUGGUCAUUGACAUGACCAAGUCCACUCUCUCUGUGGGUGCAAUAUUUGGGGGGGACAUUUUUUGGGGGGUGGGGGUGCAAAAGCAACCCUUUUCCACCAGCCAGAGAAAGGUGCACCCCCAUAUCUUUGCAUGCAGCCCCCCCUCCCCAUGCAUUAAUUCCAUAACUCUUUUAAAUCAGAACCAGUGAAGGCGGUGAAGGUCCUGUGUGAGUGUCUGGGGGCGGUUGGAGGAUGGAUGGCGGCUAACAGAUUGAGGUUGAAUCCUGACAAGACAGAAGUACUGUUUUUGGGGGACAGGGGGCAGGCAGGUGUGGAGGACUCCCUGGUCCUGAAUGGGGCAACUGUGCCUCUGAAGGACCAGGUGCGCAGCCUGGGAGUCAUUUUGGACCCACAGCUGUCCGUGGAGGCGCAGGUAAAUUCUGUGUCCAGGGCAGCUGUUUAUCAGCUCCAUCUGGUACGCAGGAUGAGACCCUUCCUGCCUGCAGACUGUCUCACUAGAGUGGUGCAUGCUCUGGUUAUCUCCUGCUUGGACUACUGCAAUGCACUCUGCGUGGGGCUACCUUUGAAGGUGACCUGGAAACUGCAACUAAUCCAGAAUGCGGCAGCUAGACUGGUGACUGGGAGCGGCCGCCACGACCACAUAACACCGGUCCUGAGAGAUCUGCAUUGGUUCCCAGUACGCUUCUGAGCAAAAUUCAAAGUGUUGGUGCUGACUUUUAAAGCCCUAAACGGCCUCGGUCCAGUAUACCUGAAGGAGCGUCUCCACCUCCAUCGUCCAGCCCGGACACUGAGGUCCAGCGCCGAGGGCCUUCUGGCGGUUCCCUCAUUGCGAGAAGUGAGGUUACGGGGAACCAGGCAGAGGGCCUUCUCGGUGGUGGCGCCCGCCCUGUGGAACGCCCUCCCUUCAGAUGUAAAGGAAAUAAGCAGCUAUCUUCUUUUUAAAAGACAUCUGAAGGCAGCCCUGUUUAGGGGAGUUUUUAAUGUUUAAUGCUGUGUUGUUUUUAACACUUGAUUGGAAGCCGCCCAGAGUGGCUGGGGAAACUCAGGCAGAUGGGCGGGGUAUAAAUAAUAAAUUAUCAUUAUUAUUAUUAUAACUCUGCUCAGGAUUCUAGGAAAGCCGCUAAGUCAGACCACAGGGUCCAUCUACCUCAAUAUUCCCAACACUGACUGGCAGCAGUGGCUCUUAGGGUUUCAGCCAGGGGGCACUCCCAACCCCACCUGGGACACCGCCUGCUUGCGAAGCGGGUGCUGCCCCCCCGAGCUGUGGCCCAUUCCCUUAAAAGGAGCUAAGAUUCCAGUCCUCAUGAUUCUCGGGAGAAACAUAGGAUUCAAUAGGGACAUCAGAGCUGGUCUGUGGCUACUUCAAUCCUAAAAAAAGCUCAGCAACUUUGGGGUAAAAUCAUAAAAAAAGCUGAACAACUUAUAAAAAAUUCUUUAAAAUUCUAAAAAAAGUCUACAACUUUUGUCGGCCCUCAUGCAUGUUCACUUCAUCAAAUCUGGCCCUCUUUGAAAAAGUUUGGGCACCCCUGUAUGGAGUAUCUAAGAGCCCUUGUAGAGUCCUUAAGUGGGUUCCCCAUCGGUAGGAGAAAAUAACAGAGGCCAACCAGAGAAUAUUGAGAAGCAAAGUGGCUAGUAAGCCUGACCUUUAUUAAACUGUUGCAACAGGGUGCUCCCUACCACCACACGCAGGGAGGGAGAAGAGGAACCCAGAACACUGGUGUGCAAGAUCUUAUAUAGACUUUUGAAACUGCCCACCCUGUAGCUCAAGACCACCCCCCAAAACAUCAUACAUGCAUCACAGAAAGAGGUGGUCCCCAGCAGAAAUUUGAGUGUGUUGCUUCUCUCCUGUCUGCCAGGAUACUUGAUAAUGCCUUAUCUUAGAGUCAGCAAGGUUUAUCUUGCCUGGGCCAGAUUGGUCCCUCAGAGAUCCCUCCGUGAGCCAGAUCACAUGCGCGCAUGAGCGUGCGUGUCCGCAAUUUUCGGUGUCUGUGCAUGCGCAGACACGAUUUUCAGCACCGUGGAAGCGAGUCCCCAUGCCACGCUGCGCUGCUAUAGCUCAGCAUGCGAGUGGGCAGCUCAAUUCAGGGGCGGCUUGUGGGCUGGUCAUGGGCCUUAGGUUGCUGACCCCUGCCUUAUCUGGGUAGCCUGGCCAUUCUCUGGAGAUGGUAAAUACUUAGUUCCUUAAUCUCUUACGCAUAUGUGCUCAGCUUAACAGAAACUUGCCAGACUGUAUUUUUGUUGUUUAGUCGUUUAGUUGUGUCCGACUCUUCGUGACCCCCUGGACCAGAGCACGCCAGGCACUCCUGUCUUCCACUGCCUCCCGCAGUUUGGUCAAACUCAUGCUGGUAGCUUCGAGAACACUUUCCCCUGUAUUUACAGGGAGGUGUAAGCCCCUACAGUCCAAAGACAACUGGAAAGCUUUUCCCAUUUCCUUCCUCCUUGCAGAGAAAUAUUUGAGGUCAAUUUGGGAGAGUCAAAAUGGCUUCAGGAUUGUUCUCCUGUACUAUUCAUGUAUUUGCCUUGUACAUUUAUGUACAUUUAUUUUUUAUAUAUAAGACCUUAGAAUUCCUAUGAUCCCCUCAGUACUGCCUACACUGACUGGCAGUUCAAACCCUAAGGACUAGGAGCUUGGCUUUGAGUCAAGCACCUCCUUAUGGGCAGUUCUUUUCCCAGGACAUUUCUCUGAUGCCUCUCUCGCUUUCCCUUCCUUCAGGCUGAACAUAGAUGGACUUCUUGUUUAUUUCCCCUAUGAUUACAUCUACCCGGAGCAGUAUUCUUACAUGCUGGAGCUGAAGAGGACAUUGGAUGCCAAGGUUUGACCAGGGGCUGGGUUUGUUUGGGGUGCCGGUUUAGGAGGAGGAGGAGGGCGUUGCUGCGCUUGACCUCAGUGCAAAUCAGUUUCUUGUUUCAAGAGGUGAGGUGGAAUAAUGGGAUGCACCAGCCAAAAAUCGUUGAUGCUGUUCUAGGUUUCAUCAACAGACAUCUAGACCAUGGGUAGGCAAACUAAGGCCCGGGGGCCGGAUUCGGCCCAAUCACCUUCUAAAUCCAGCCCACGGACGGUCCGGGAAUCAACGUGUUUUUACAUGAGUAGAAUGUGUCCUUUUAUUUAAAAUGCACCUCUGGGUUAUUUGUGGGGUCUGCCUGGUGUUUUUACAUGAGUAGAAUGUGUCCUUUUAUUUUAAAAUGCAUCUCUGGGUUAUUUGUGGGGCAUAGGAAUUCAUUAUUCCCCCCCCAAAAAAACAAGGUCUGAGGGACAGUGGACCAGCCCCCUGCUGAAAAAGUUUGCUGACCCCUGGUCUAGAGUCUACACUUGAUAGCAAAGAAGAAGAAGAGUUUGGAUUUGAUAUCCCGCCUUUCACUCCCUUUAAGGAGUCUCAAAGCGGCUAACAUUCUCCCUUCCCUUCCUCCCCCACAACAAACACUCUGUGAGGUGAGUGGGGCUGAGAGACUUCGGAGAAGUGUGACUGGCCCAAGGUCACCCAGCAGCUGCAUGUGGAAGAGCAGGGAAGCGAACCCGGUUCCCCAGAUUACGGGACUGCCGCUCUUAACCACUACACCACACUGGCUCUUAGCAAAGCUUUUACAUCACCAGCAUCACAACCAUCGAAUGGAGAACAGCCUGUUUUAAAUUGCGUGAAUGCAUACAUUUUCCACUUUGAGAUUUGACGUGAGCCGCAUUGCAGUAUCGCUGCUAAUUCAUACCGACUCUCUCUGUUUCUCCGCUAGGGUCAUGGCGUUCUGGAAAUGCCAUCGGGCACCGGGAAGACAAUCUCCCUCCUGUCUCUGAUUGUGGCCUACCAGCGGGUGAGUCGCCUUGCCUCGGCUUCUGUAAAGGCGGCCUGGCAGCCCCUGAUGCAGAUAACGACACCUGGCCUACCUUGCAGGCUUGGUGUAACGAUCACCGGGAGAAUGUGAAACACUUUGAACACCCCAAGGGGCUACAUGAAGAUGAAGUAUUAUUCCCGCUGGACUACAGCUCCCUUGAUCACCCCAACCUUUGGCCAUUUGGGCUGAUGGGAGUCCAGCAACAAUGGGGAGGGGGGCACCGGUUCUGCAGCCUUCCAUUAUUAGUACUUUGUCUGCAGAAACAUCAAUAAGAGAGCCAGUGGUUAGAGUGUUGGACUAGGACCUGGGAAAGACCAGGGUUCGAAUCCCCAUUUGUCCAUGAAGCUUGCUUGGGUUGAUCACUGCCUCUCAGUCUUGUUGUUGUUUAGUCAUGUCCGACUCUUCGUGACCCCCUGGACCAGAGCACGCCAGGCACCCCUGUCUUCCACUGCCUCCCGCAGUUUGGUUUAGCCUACCUCAAGAGUUUUUGAAUUAUGGUGCUGGAGGAGACUCUUGAGAGUCCCAUGGACUGCAAGAAGAUCAAACCGAUCCAUUCUGAAGGAAAUCAGCCCUGAGUGCUCACUGGAAGGACAGAUCCUGAAGCUGAGGCUCCAAGACUUUGGCCACCUCAUGAGAAGAUAAGACUCCCUGGAAAAGACCCUGAUGUUGGGAAAGAUGGAGGGCACAAGGAGAAGGGGACGACAGAGGACGAGAUGGUGGAACAGUGUUCUCGAAGCUACCAGCAUGAGUUUGACCAAACUGCGGGAGGCAGUGGAAGACAGGAGUGCCUGGCGUGCUCUGGUCCAUGGGGUCACGAAGAGUCGGACACGACUAAGCAACAACACCUCAAGAGUUCUUGAGAUUAAAUACACAUAUGCAUUUAAAAUAUCCCCCCAUUCCCGUGUCCUUAUGAUUUAUUUUCUGUGUACCCCCGAAGAACACAAGCGUCUAGAUAGGAAGCUAACUUCUCUCUAUCAAACUGGGCACCAAAGUUAAUCCCCUAGUAGUACAAUAAAAUAGAAAAUAGAUCUAUCCUUUAAAACGGGGUGUUGGAUGUACUGGUUUGUGUUAUCCGUUUGAGCAGAAAUUACUGUUUUUUAAAGUGAAAGAACCUGGCUUCCUAUUAAAAAAAAAGUAAAGGACCCCUGACAGUUAAGUCGUGUAUGACUCUGGGGUUGCGGCGCUCAUCUCGCUUUACUGGCCGAGGGAGCUGGCGUUUGUCCGCAGACAGUUUUUCCUGGUCAUGUGGCCAGCAGCUAAAUUUAGUCAAUUCCUUUAUGGCCUGCAUUGUAACGAAGAUGACUUACGUUAAGCCAGUAUAAUAAAAGCAAGUGUUUUAAAAAUGCAAGAUAAAAUACAUUGCUAUAUAUAUUUACAAAUAAAGCUGUAUUCGAUGGAUGAAAGGAUAUAUGAUUUUUGACAUGACUGAGAAUCGCAUAGCCAGGGACGGAGAACUUUAAAAUGUUAAGAUCAGAAGGCGGAAAAUAUGAAAGCAACGAGAAGAGGCAGGAAUGAAGAUUUGGAGAUAUGCUUCAGAGGUCCAGACUAUGGGGAGCCUGGAAAAAUUAAUAAUUACAAUUUGGACUAUAAUUUGGUCAUUUUUUAUUUUAGUUUAUUGUUUUUAAUUGGAUUAUGAUGCGGAUAUGUUGAUUGGCUGUUUUUAUGGAAAAUCAAUAAAAAUGAUUUUUUAAAAAAAGAUAAAAUAUAUUGCUUUCUGGACCCCCCCCCGUGUGACUGUCCACUCUUCCGCAUCCCCUCCUGUCAAUGGGGCACCUCUUUUGGCCGAUGUCCACCCACCCACCCAAAAAGCUCUUUCUAAGUAAACCCGUUUUCCCUUUCCCUCCUCAGGCUCAUCCCCUGGAAGUGACGAAGCUCAUAUACUGCUCCCGAACGGUGCCAGAGAUUGAAAAGGUAACUGGGACAUGGUUGGGUUUGUUGGAAUCCAUGAUCUGCCGGCAGCUUAGCAAGUUUGCAAUUAGAAUCUCCACAGCAUGGGAAUGCAGAACAUGAAAGGAAUCUGCCCAGAAAUAAGGAGACCCAGCAACAAGCAAGUGAUUGGCUGAGUUCCUUAUAUAGGCAUGACCUAUAACACUGAUAGGGACGCGGGUGGCGCUGUGGGUUAAACCACAGAGCCUAGGGCUUGCCGAUCAGAAGGUCGGCGGUUCAAAUCCCCGCGACGGGGUGAGCUCCCGUUGCUCAGUCCCUGCUCCUGCCAACCUAGCAGUUUGAAAGCACGUCAAAGUGCAAGUAGAUAAAUAGGUACCACUCCGGCGGGAAGGUAAACGGCAUUUCCGUGCGCUGCUCUGCUUCGCUAGAAGCGGCUUAGUCCUGCUGGCCACAUGACCCGGAAGCUGUACGCCGGCUCCCUCGGCCAGUAAAGCGAGAUGAGCGCUGCAACCCCAGAGUCAGUCAUGACUGGACCUAAUGGUCAGGGGUCCCUUUACCUAUAACACUGGUGUGUGUUGGAGACUGUUAGUGUGGUGUGGUUAGUUCUGAGGAGUGCUGAGAGUGAGAAGUUGGAGAAUGAUGGGAGCUGGAGUCCAGCCCGCGCCUCUGUCCCUGACCCCUCGACUUGCCUCCAUCCUCCGUGGCUCGCAGAGAGAGAGAGAGGACCAAGGAGUCUUUGGCGCGAGUGCUGUGCUUUUCCCCCAGGUCAUCGAGGAACUGCGCAAACUCCUGGAUUUCCACGAGAAGCAGACAGGAGACAAGCUGCCCUUCCUGGGCUUGGCGCUUAGCUCCCGGAAGAACCUCUGCAUCCACCCGGAGGUUUGCCUGUUGUUUUGAUUAGCGCCGUUCUGCCCAAUGGGCUUACCUGGGAGUCGCCCACGUCGCUGCCUUUCAGGGCGUUCAGACACCUUGGGGUCAGCCCCUCUGUGCUCACCCACUUGCUGUGGGGGCCCCUUAUCCCAGCUUACCCCCAACCUGGCACCAACUGUGGGUGCUGCAGCUGAUGGGAGCUGUAGUCCAUGACCCUUGGGGUCUCUGCCCGCUCUACAGUUCUAAUAAUCGUUAUUCCUCCCUGCAGGUGAGCGCCUUUCGCUUCGGGAAGGAGGUGGACGGGAAAUGCUUCAGCCUGACUGCUUCCUACGUCCGGGCUCAGCAGCAGCAGGACAGCAGCGUCCCCUCUUGCCGCUUCUUUGAGGUAUCGCGAUAAUAAUCGCUGUAUCAUUUACAGUAGGCAUCCCCAACCUGCAGACCUCCAGAUGUUUUGGCCUACAACUCCCAUGAUCUCUAGCUAACAGGACCAGUGGUCAGGGAUGAUGGGAAUUGUAGUCGAAAACAUCUGGAGGGCCAAAGGUUGGGGAUGCCUGACUUUUGUUGUUUAGUUGUGUCCGCCUCUUCGUGACCCCCUGGACCAGAGCACUCCAGGCACUCCUGUCUUCCACUACCUCCCGCAGUUUGGUCAAACUCAUGCUGGUAGCUUUGAGAACACUGUCGAACCAUCUCUCGUCCCCUUCUCCUUGUGCCCUCCAUCUUUCCCAACAUCAGGGUCUUUUCCAGGGAGUCUUCUCUUCUCAUGAGGUGGCCAAAGUCUUGGAGCCUCAGCUUCAGGAUCUGUCCUUCCAGUGAGCACUCAGGCCUGAUUUCCUUGAGAAUGGAGAGGUUGGAUCUUCUUGCAGUCCAUGGGACUCUCAAGAGUCUCCUCCAGCACCAGAAUUCAAAAGCAUCCAUUCUUCGGCGAAAACUAUCACUACUGGGAAAACCAUAGCUUUAACUAUGCCUGAUAUAAUAAUAAUAAUAAUAAUAAUAAUAAUAAUAAUAAUACCUUUAUUGUCAAUGUACAACCUGUGUACAGUGAAAUUAACCGAGCUUCUCUCCCCACCCCAAACACCCAAUCUCAUUGCACUCUGUGCUUGUCACACAACGCACCAACCCCGAAAGUCAAUUGCACUAUAUUCUUUUCUGUUCAGCAGCCUAACAGCCCACAGAUAGAAGUGUUUUUUAGCCUGUUGGUAUGACUGAUUAUGGGACGUGGGUGGCGCUGUGGGUUAUACCACAGAGCCUAGGACUUGCCGAUCAGAAGGUUGGUGGUUUGAAUCCCCACGACAGGGUGAGCUCCUGUUGCUCGGUCCCUGCUCCUGCCAACCUAGCAGUUCGAAAGCACAUCAAAGUGAAAGUAGAUAAAUAGGUACUGCUCCGGCGGGAAGGUAAACGGCGUUUCCGUGCACUGCUCUGGUUCGCCAGAAGCGGCUUAGUCAUGCUGGCCACAUGACCCGGAAGCUGUACGCCAGCUCACUCGGCCAAUAAAGCGAGAUGAGCGCCGCAACCCUAGAGUCAGCCACGACUGGCACGGAUCCAUUAUUAUAUCCAUAGGGAUGUGGGUGAUGCUGUGGUCCAAACCACUGAGCCUCUUGGGCUUGCCGAUCAGAAGGUCGGCGGUUCAAAGCCCUGCGACGGGAUGAGCUCCCGUUGCUUGAUCCCAGCUCCUGCUAACCUAGCAGUUCGAAAGCACGCCAGUGCAAGUACCGCUGCGGCAGGAAGGUAAAUGGCAUUUCCGUGCGCUCUGGUUUCCGUCAUGGUGUCCCGUUGCGCCAAUAGCAGUUUCGUCAUGCUGGCCACAUGACAAACGCCGGCUCCCUUGGCCUGAAAACGAGAUGAGCGCUGCAACCCCAUCAUCGCCUUUGACUGGACUUAACCGUCCAGUUGUCCCUUGACCUAUUAGAUCCAUCAUAACUUAUUUACACUGUUGAAUUUAUCUCAACGCUGCCAGCGUUUUCAGCUGUACAGUGGUGCCCCGCAAGACGAAUGCCUCGCAAGACGGAAAACUCGCUAGACGAAAGAGUUUUCCGUUUUGGAGGUGCUUCGCAAAACAAAUCUGCUAUGGGCUUGCUUCGCAAGACGAAAAUGUCUUGCGAGUUCCUGCAUUUUUUUUUCCUUUCCCCCCUCUUUUUCUAAGCCGCUAAGCCGCUUAUCUGCUUAUCCGAUAAGCUGAUAAGCCGCUAAAAGCCGCUAAAAGCCGCUAAUAGCGCUAAUCCGCUAAUCCGUCAAUGGGCUUGCUUCGCAAGACGAAAAAACCGCUAGACGAAGAGACUCACAGAACGGAUUCUUUUCGUCUUGCGAGGCACCACUGUACACAGUUAUUUCCCAUGUAUCAAUACAUGUUUUCCAAUCUUCUCUCGACGUAUGUUCUUCUUGUUCUCUUAUUCUAUAUAAUAGAAUCGACAUCAACUUUCUAAGCAUCUCGUCUUAGAAAAUGAUGUUUUUAGCGGGUGCCAAAAAGAAUAGCUGGCCCUCAAGGCUCCCUUCCAACUCUCUGAUUCAAACUGCAGCUUGCCAUGUGCUUUCCCCUUCUUUGGCAGGAAUUUGAUGCCCACGGGCGGCAGGUGCCUCUCCCAUACGGCGUGUACAAUCUCGACGACUUGAAGGCCUUCGGUCGCCAGAAAGGAUGGUGCCCCUACUUCCUUGCACGUUACUCGGUAAUGUGGCUGUGAUCACCUAGCUGUCUUUUUUUGUGCAUAAUAGGUAACCAGGUAUAUUUUGUUUGGGUCCCCUUCCUCUGCCUCCAUGUGACUGCCAUCAUAAAUUUCUGGAGGGGGGAAAAAACAGCCCAAAUGGCCAUGGCAUAAAAUAUAAUAAAAUUUAUACACUGGUUGAUUUGAAAAACAAAACAAAACACAAACUAAAGCGGUUUAUGAAAGAUAAAACAAUAAAAUUAAGAAAGAUUUGCAGCCCUUCUUUAAAACACACAAAAGUUAAUAAUAAUAAUAAUAAUAGUAAUAGUAGUAGUAGUAGUAAUAAUAAUAAUAAUAAUAAAUAGUAAGAUAAUAAGAUAAAUAAUAAGAAUAGCGUUAGCUUUUCUUACUGCUGCAUCACGCUGUUGACUCAUAAUAAUAAUAAUAAUAAUAAUAAUAAUAAUAAUAAUAAUAAUAAAUUUAUUAUGUAUACCCCGUCCAUCUGGCUGAGUUUCCCCAGCUACUCUGGGUGGCUCCCAAUCGAGUGCUAAAAACAAUACAGCAUUAAAUAUUAAAAACUUCCCCAAUAAUACAGUGGUACCUUGGGUUAAGUACUUAAUUUGUUCCGGAGGUCUGUUCUUAACCUGAAACUGUUUUUAACCUGAAGCACCACUUUAGCUAAUGGGGCCCCCUGCUGCUGCUGUGCCGCCGGAGCACGAUUUCUGUUCUCAUCCUGAAGCAAAGUUCUUAACCUGAAGCACUAUUUCUGGGUUAGCGGAGUCUGUAACCUGAAGCGUAUGUAACCUGAAGCGUAUGUAACCUGAGGUACCACUGUACUAAUAAUACUAAAACAGAUUAAAAAUACUAUUCAGCUUCUUAAGAACCUCCUCUUUAAUAAUAAUAAUAAUUAUUAUUAUUAUUUAUUAUUUAUACCCCGACCAUCUGGCUGACUUUCCCCAGCCACUCUGGGUGGCUUUAUAGAUGCCAAGUUCCUGACCUCAUAGCUCAAAGAGUGCAAGGCCUGCUGGAAUAUCUGAGGCCAGAGAGCUGAGUACAAACUAAUGAACGCAAGUAAUUUUGUUUGAAGCAUAUUGAUGGGCUCUUUAGUCCAAAAGCCGCUCAGAAGCACAAUAUCGACAGCUAGAGAUUGCUGCUUUGGGGCUUAGAAUGGAAAGGACACAGCAUGCAAGGAAAAAGGGAUGGGGAGGGAAGAGGAAGGGGGAAAGCUCAGGCACCUGUUCUUGAACAUUACGGUUCUUCUCGUGACCGGCUGGGAGGGAAGCUGGUAGCCUGAUGGAACGCCUGCUAUGAGGAGAGAGGGAGAACCAAAGGUGGCAGAGGUGAUGGAGAUGAGUCCUGUUUGCUUUUUCCCCUCUGCAGCUGGCAUUUUCUGCUUAAAUUUCCAAUAAUUGGGGGUGGGGGGUGGGGAUUUCAGUGCCUUCUCACCACCCAUUACUCACUAAAUUAGAAUAAAUGUGCAAUAUAAGGUUGUGUUGUUGUUUUCCCCCCAAAAUUGUUUAUUCGUUUUCCAAGUUUAAAACAGACAUAUCAACAAAGAUAAAAAGAAAACAUCAAAAAACAAGCAACAAACAAACAUAUAUCCUAACUGUGGAAAAUCCACUUUUGCUAAGUGACUUCCUCGAAUCUCCCUGGCUGAGUUUCCAUAUAAAUCAUUGUAGCAGUUUUCGAAAACUAAUUUCACAUAAAAUUUACAUAGUCCUAUUAACAUCUUUCUUUCUUUUCAUUUUGACUUUUAUCCAUGGUAUUCUACAACAUCACACAUUUAAAUCCUAGGCCAAUUUGGUACUCGCAAGUAAUUCUAUUUAAAUUAUCUUAACAUAUUUAACUAAAUAUUCUUUAAAUUUCUUCCAUUCCUCUUGGUGCUCCUCCUCCUUCUGGUCGCGGACUCUUCCGGUCAGGUCGGCUAGCUCCGAAAAGUCUAUCAUCUUCAUCUGCCAUUCCUCCACUGUUGGUGGCACUUGUGAUUUCCAAUUUUUGGCCAGCACAAUUCUUGCAGCAGUUGUGGCAUACAAAAAACAAUCUAACAUCUUUCUUGGGCAAUUCCAAACCUAUUAUUCCAAGAAGAAAGGCCUCUGGUUUCUUAAUAAAUGUACAUUUUAACAUUUUUUUCAGUUCAUUAUAAAUCUUUUCCCAAAAGUCUUUCACCUUGGGACAAGUCCACCACAUAUGAAGUAAGGUUGUGUUUUUGGUUUUUUUAAGGGUACACCUCAUUACCUCCAUUCCCUGCCUGCCUGAAGUUUUCUGUGUAGCUUGAAAGCUUGCACAGGUGCUGUUCCUAAUUUUUUUUUAAAAGAGCACAUCUCUUUACAUGUUUUGAGCAUCUGUGGAUACCUUUUAAUGUGACUGUCCUUUUGAGGGGGGCGGAGAGUUGGUUUCCCCCCUCCCUCCACCCCAAGAGGACUGGAAAACGGAUGUUACUGGCCCAGAGAUGGGAAGGAGAUAAAGUCCGUACCAGAGAAGAAUGGCAGAUUAAGUUAAUGGACUGUGCUGAAAUGGCUAAAAUGACCGGAAGAAUCAGAAAUCAGGAAGACCAAAAUUUUAAUAAGGAGUGGGGGAAAUUGAUAACUUAUCUUAAAGACCACUGUAAACAGUUAAAAUCGUUAGUAGGACUGGAAUAUCACUGAUAGUUUUCAAGGGUGAAUUCUGGAUAUAAUAGAGAUGUAAAAGAUUUGGACUGUCAUAAAAGAUGCCGAAGGAAAUGAUAGUAACAGGACCCACAAAGGAGAGAAUGGAAGAUUCCUUGAAUUCUGGACAUAAUGGAAGAAGUAAAGGGUUUGGAUUAUCAUAAAAGAUGUGGGAGGAACUGAUUAAUAAUAAUAAUAAUAAUAAUUUAUUAUUUAUACCCUGCCCAUCUGGCUGGGCUUCCCCAGCCACCCUGGGCAGCAUCCAACAAAAUAUCAAAAUACAGUAAUGCAUCAAACAUUAGAAGCUUCCCUGAACAGGGCUGCCUUCAGAUGUCUUCUUUUUUUUUUUUUUUAAAUGAUAUUUAUUAAAGUUUCACAAAAAUACAGAAAACAAAGAAAAAAGUAUAAAUUACAGCAGAAGAGUAAAAAGUAAGAAAAAACAUACAAAAUAAAACAGUUAAAAACACAAUAAUGUUCCAUAACCUAUCUUCCUUACUCUUAUUUCCCCAGACCUCCUCAUACCUCCCUUCUUUGUAUUCCAAUUCAGUUUGUUGGUUCAGCAAAUCCUUACCAUUAAUCUUUUACCCAAUUGUUAACCUUUUUUUUCAUGUCUCUUAAAGCAUUACAGCUAAAAACCUCUUAAUUUCUAUCCAACAUCCUUCUAAAGUUCCUUAAUUUUACAAUAUUUCUGUAAAUAGUCCUUAAAUUUUUUCCAGUCUUCUUUCACCGACUCUUCUCCCUGGUCUCGGAUUCUGCCAGUCAUUUCCGCCAAUUCCAUGUAGUCAAUCACCUUCAUCUGCCAUUCUUCCAAAGUGGGUAGAUCUUGUGUCUUCCAAUACUUUGCGAUAAGUAUUCUUGCUGCUGUUGUAGCAUACAUGAAAAGGUUCUGUCCUUCUUUGGCACCAGUUGGCCGACAAUGCCCAAGAGAAAGGCCUCUGGUUUCUUCAGAAAGGUAUAUUUAAAUACCUUCAGUUCAUUAUAUAUCAUUUCCCAGAAAGCCUUAAUCUUUGGGCACGUCCACCAAAGGUGAAAGAAUGUACCUUCAGUUUCUUUACAUUUCCAACAUUUAUUAUCGGGCAAAUGAUAAAUUUUUGCAAGCUUGACUGGGGUCAUGUACCACCUGUAUAUCAUUUUCAUAAUAUUCUCUCUUAAGGCAUUACAUGCCGUAAACUUCAUACCUGUGGUCCAUAACUGUUCCCAGUCAGCGAACAUAAUGUUAUGUCCAACAUCUUGUGCUCAUUUAAUCAUAGCCGAUUUCACCGUUUCAUCCUGAGUAUUCCAUUUCAACAGCAAGUUAUACAUUCUUGACAAAUUUUUAGUUUUGGGUUCUAACAAUUCUGUUUCUAAUUUUGACUUUUCCACUUGGAAGCCUAUUUUCUUAUCCAAGUUAUAUGCCUCCAUUAUCUGAUAGUAGUGGAGCCAAUCUCUCACUUUAUUUUUAAUUUUUCAAAACUCUGCAGUCUCAAUUUAUCUCCUUCUUGCUCCAAAAUUUCCAAUAUGUCGGCCAUUUGGCCUCCAUAUUGAGCCUUUUCAGAGCUUUCGCUUCCAUUGGUGACAGCCACCUUGGGGUUUUAUUUUCCAAUAAGUCUUUGUAUCUUAUCCAGACAUUAAACAAUGCUUUCCUAACAAUAUGAUUUUUGAAUGCUUUGUGUGCUUUGACCUUAUCAUAUCAUAAAUAUGCAUGCCAUCCAAAUACAUUGUUAAAACCUUCUAAAUCCAAAAUGUCUGUGUUUUCAAGAAGUAGCCAUUCUUUCAGCCAGCAAAGCUGCUGAUUCAUAAUAAAGUUUAAGGUCUGGCAGGGCAAAUCCACCUCUUUCCUUGGCAUCAGUUAAUAUCUUAAAUUUUAUUCUGGGCUUCUUGCCCUGCCAGACAAAUCUAGAAAUAUCUCUCUGCCACUUCUUGACAGCCUUCAGAUGUCUUCUAAAAGUCUGGUAGUUGAUUUUCUCUUUGACAUUUUGUGGGAGGGCGUUCCACAGAGCGGGUGCCACUGCCGAGAAGGCCCUCUGCCUGGUUCCCUGUAACUUGGCUUCUCGCAGUGAGGGAACCGCCAGAAGGCCCUCGGCGCUGGACCUCAGUGUCCAGGCAGAACGAUGGAGGUGGAGGACCCACAAAGGGGAGGAUGGAAGUCCAGGAUAUUCCUUGGAAUCUGAUUUUUAUAAUUUAUGUUUGAUAUAUCUCUGUAAAACUUUUAAGUUGAAAAAUCAAAUGAAUUAUUUUAUUUCAUUUUUUCAAAAAAAGGAUGUGAUAACUUGGUCCAAUACAGUAUAGAUUUUCAUGCCACGUGUGUCCUUGUUCUGCUGUUUCUCUCCAUGCUGGACCAGAUCCUUCACGCCAACAUCGUGGUGUACAGCUACCACUAUCUCCUGGACCCCAAGAUCGCUGACCUGGUGUCUAAAGAACUGGCCAAGAAAUCCGUCGUCGUCUUCGACGAGGCUCACAAUAUCGGUAUGCAAGAGCACCUCUUGCCUGUCUUGAACAUCUGCAAGCACAUACCUAGAAUCAUAGAAUUGUUGAGUUGGGCGGGGACCCCAGGUGCCAUCUAGUCCAACCCCCUGCAAUGUGGGGGGAUAAUGCGACUGUCCCUUUAGGGCCAAGCGUAGCAGGGCCUUUCCUGAGCUGACAGGGUGAGGGUGGUGGUUCAUGUAGCACACGCAGAGCCUGCGGAACUCACCGCUACAUGGUGCCGCGAUGGUUAUCAGCGCAGGGUGUGUUAAAAUUCGAGGAGGUGUUGUGGGAAGAAGAUUCUCUCACGAAAGGAGGCCUUGCUGCCCCAUCCUGACAAGCGCGGUGGCUCAGUUGCUGUGCCGGAAAAUUGUCGGUCUGUCUUCACCUGCCUGGAAAGUCACAUAGACCGGCCGGCCGGCCUCUUUCUUCUCCCACAGACAACGUCUGCAUCGAUUCCAUGGGUGUCAACAUCACGCGCAAGAUGCUGGACCGGUGCCAGGGGAACGUGGCCACGCUCCAAGCCAGCAUCCAGAAGUGAGUGAGGAGACCCUCUUAUUUUCCCAUUUUUUUAAAUUAAAUUUUCUGUUUUACAAUUUAGAAUAUUCACUUAGACAACCUUAAAAUAUCAGUGACUUCCCUUCUUCUCUUCCCAUGGUUCAUUUUGCAUAGCAUAAGUCCCUGCAAGUUGUAUAUAAACUAAACCAUUCAGUAUUUCAUGAUAACUUCCAUCAAAACUUACUUACACUGUUGAAUUUAUCUGGCUCCCGGUGGAGUAUUGGGUCAGGUUUAAGGUGCUGGUUUUGACCUUUAAAGCCCUUUGUGGCUUACGGCCCUCGUAUUUACAGGACCGCCUCUCCUGGUCUGCCUCGCAGAGGACCUUAAGGUCCAUGAAUAACCAUAGUUUAGAGGUCCCAGGCCCAACGGAAGUCAGACUAUCCUCCGCCAGGGCCUUCUCAGUGGUGGCUCCGACCUGGUGGCAUGCUCUGUCCCAUGAGACCAGCGCCCUGCAGGAUUUAACUUCCUUCCACAGGGCCUGUAAGACAGAGCUAUUCCGCCUGGCCUUCAAUUUGAACUUAGCCUGAUCUUUUAUUCCCCUUCCUUCCCUCCCCCUCCCCUUUUUAUGAAGAUUACCCGCUCUAGGAUCCCACAGCUAAUUCUCCCCUGGUCUCCUCGCUGGCCCAAAUAGGACUAAUUUAGCCAGCUAGCCCUGGUGAUCGUCUGAUGUUUAUUGGAUGGCUUUCCCCCCUAAAUUGAUUUUUGAAUUCUUAUUGUUAUUCACGCUUUAUACUGUAUUUUAUGCUGUUUUUGUUGCAUCAAUUAAGUGUUUUAAAUUUGUUGUUAGCCGCCCUGAGCCCGGUUUUUUGAACUGGGAAGGGCGGGGUAUAAAUAAAAAAUUAUUAUUAUUAAGAUAAAUUAAGAUAGGACCCUCUUAUUUUCCCACCCGGCAGCCUUGACUCAGCAAAUACCCAUGAGCACAAUGUCGAAAUCCUGCACUAAGAUCAGCCCCUGAUUCUAUGGGACGUCCCGCAUGCAUAAUUCCAGUUAUAGAAUUGUAGAGUUGGAAGGGGACCCUAAGGGUCAUCUAGCCCAACCCCCCGCAACUCAGGAAUCACAGCUUGUUGGGUCAUGAAGCGGGUGCGGCAAGGAGCCGCUGUAAAGCCCUGGAAACCCUCCUUGGGGGCAGGGGGAGACCUUUUCCAACCACCCUGGCCUCAAUGAGAGCUAGAAACUUGGCUUGUAUGUUUUCAACAGCUAGAAACGUGGUCCAUUUCUACUACUGAUAGCUGAAAUUCUCAGGGAGCUGAAUUAGGAACAUGGGAAGAUGUUUCCUACCGAGUCAGACUGCCACUGGGAUCCACUCUGUACACUCUGUGGGGGUUGGAGACAUUCAGUACACGGAGGGGUUGCUGACCCUCCUAGGAUGAUAAUAAUAAUAAUAAUAAUAAUAAUAAUAAUAAUAAUAAUAAUAAUAAUAUAUAUUUAUACCCCGCCCAUCUGACUGAGUUUCCCCAGCCACUCUGAGCGGCUCACAACAGAAUAUUAAAAACACGAUAAAACAUCAAACAUUAAAAACUUCCCUAAAGAGGGCUGCCUUCAGAUGUCUUUUAAAGAUAAGAUAGCUACUUAUUUCCUUCACAUCUGAAGGGAGGGCAUUCCACAGGGCGGGCGCCACCACUGAGAAGGCCCUCUGCCUGGUUCCCUGUAACCUCAGUUCUCGCAAUGUGGGCACCGCCAGAAGGCCCUCGGCACUGGAUCUCAGCGUCCGGGCUGAACGAUGGGGAUGGAGACGCUCCUUCAGGUAUACAACCCCCUUUUCCCUGUUUCCUCAAGGAUCAAGGAGACGGAUGCUCAGAAGCUGAAGGAGGAAUACCGGCGCCUGGUGGAAGGUCUGCGGGAGGCGAACGUCGCCCGCGAAACGGAUGUCUAUUUGGCCAACCCAGUGCUGCCCGACGAGGUCCUGCAAGGUGCUUGUGCCUCUUUCUGCAGCGGGAGGUGGGGAGCCUGUGGUGGUUGUCCCCCAUUUAAGACAAGACUCCAGGCGAGGUGUGUUGGGACGCGGGUGGCGCUGUGGGUUAAACCGCAGAGCCUAGGACUUGCCAAUCAGAAGGUCGGCGGUUCAAAUCCCCGCGACGGGGUGAACUCCCGUUGCUCGGUCCCUGCUCCUGCCAACCUAGCAGUUCAAAGUAGAUAAAUAGGUACCACUCCAGUGGGAAGGUAAUUGGCGUUUCCGUGCACUACUCUGGUUCGCCAGAAGCGGCUUAGUUAUGCUGGCCACGCGACCUGGAAGCUGUAUGCCGGCUCCCUCGGCCAGUAAAGCGAGAUGAGCGCCGCAACCCCAGAGUCGGCCACAACUGGACCUAAUGGUCAGGGGUCCCUUUACCUUUACCUACUCCAGGUGAGGUGUACCCUUGGUUUGAUCCAGCAUUGACCCAUUUCUCAUUCUUGAAGAGGGUGGGGAGAGAUUUGUUCUGGCUGCCCUGGGGCCUCCUGCCUGCUGGACUGGGCUGCCCCACAAGCGUAACGGCAAAGGUCCGACCUGCCUUUCUGUCCCCUCUUGGCAGAGGCCGUCCCGGGCAACAUCCGGACCGCGGAGCACUUUGUGGGCUUCCUGAAACGCUUCCUGGAGUACUUGAAGUCCCGCUUGCGGGUGCAUCACGUGGUCCAGGAAAGCCCCCCGUCGUUCCUGAAGGACAUCUUCGAGAAGGUCUGCAUUGAGCGCAAGCCCCUUCGGUAAGUGGGGGGUCAGGAGGGAGAAUCUCCCACCCCCAAAAGCCAACCCCACCCUUCGUACCCUUGCUUGCACCCCAACCUGGGAGUGGCGUUCGACUCCAGGGCAGAGACGGCGGUGUCUUCAGGUUCUGUUUCCAGUUGUUUUACUGACUGUUUGUUAAUUCUUUGAUACAAUUUAUGUUUCAAUGGUGAAGUUCUGCUGUGCUACUAUUUAUUGUGUGUAAACCACUUUGCCGACAAAGGUCCGUAUAGUUCAGGGGUCUGCAACCUUUAAGACAAAAAGAGCCACUUGGACCCGUUUCCGAAGGAAAAAAAAACUGGGAGCCGCAAAACUCGUCAUUAUAAAAAUAACUUUUUGGUCACUUUUUUAUUAUUUCUUUGUUUGACCCCUCAGAAUUACUCCUCCUCAUAGAAAUAAACGUUAAAUUAACAAGUUACCUUUUUGUGUGUGUGUGUUCUUCACUCCCCUUCAAAACAGUGACCAGCGUACAUGCCCCUUACAAUGUAGCGGGCGGGCGGGAAGGUGACGUCGGGAUGGUGCGUGACUAACGCACGCACCACCCCAUGCGAUGUCACAGCCAGUACAGCGCCCGCCACAGUGGGGAGUGUCGGGGCGCACAAUGUGCCUCCUCCCCUCGCUAGUAUCCGCCCCGGAGCCGCGGCAAAGGUGUAAAAGAGCCACGUGCGGCUCCGGAGCCACGGGUUGCAGACCCCUGGUAUAGUUAAAGCCAUGGUUUUCCCAGUAGUGAUGUAUGGAAGUGAGAGCUGGACCAUAAAGAAGGCUGAUUCCCCAUCACUGUUCCUUCACACAAACCUUCUCCCCCGAAGGCAACCCCUGCCUUCCUGCAAACUCGGGCUUUCCUUCCUUUUGCAGAUUCUGUGCAGAGAGACUCCGCUCCCUUCUUCGAACACUGGAAAUCGCCGACAUCUCCGAUUUCUCCCCCAUCACGCUGAUUUCCAAUUUCGCCACCCUGGUCAGCACUUACUCCAAAGGUAAGGGAGACUUUCUGCGUCUGAUAGGGCAGUUCGCGCCUUUAAAAAGCAAAACCCUUAGCUCUCUGGCAGUGGCUGUGUCUGAAAAGUUCAAAUAGCAGCAGAGGUAACAACUGAUUUGUGCAAGGCUUAUGUUCCAGACCCUUGUGGAUGUCAGUGGGGCCUGUGUAAGCCCCCUUUUGUGACUUUUUGGGUCACUUCCGGGUUUGGUGCAUGUCUGCAAAUUGGUACACAAAUCAGCCGUGGCCUGUAGACUGUUAACAGAGAAAUCUGAGGGGCUGCCUUGGAGAAAAAAACAAGGACCCCAGCCAGGAACACCAGAGCAAAACAGCAGCCAGUAGGCUUGGUCUUUAUUGAAGACUGUCGCGACAGGACUCCCACCUGCCACAAGGUGGAACAAGAUGGAAGCCCAGAACAAAAGAGAACCCAAACUUUUAUUAGCUGUUCAUCCCCAUGUUACACCCCCCCAAACUACAUCAUGGUUACAUCAUGAAAGGGGAGGUCUGGUGGCCGUAAUCUGAGCAUCCUGGACUCUGCCCCAUGGUUCCCCUUGCCCCCCACCAACACCCAUCAAGUGAAGCAAAAGAGAUAUUUACAUUUCCCUGUUUCCCAGCCAAGUUAUCACAUCCUUUUGUCUUCAUCUGGGUUUGUAAGUCCUGGAAUGGCUACCUGUCUGGCACUCAGGUAUCAGGAUGCCAGGGAUUAUCACUCAGGCAGAGGGGCUGCUGAGGAGCUGAGCUCACCUGUCUAGAUGAAUUUCUGAAGUUUCCCCAGUGAGCCAGUACAGAGAUACAUUGAUCAGUGAAUUCUUACAUUUGGUAUCGUGCAGCAAAGGCCCUUUGAAUAGAUAGGAAGAAACUGUGAUGAAGUGUUUUGUGGGGACAAGUCACAAAAGUCACAAAAGUGAUUGUGCUGAUUUUGGUAGUGGGCUGCAUGUGCAUGAUAUCUGCUGGAGGGGCAACCCCCCAACCUAUACAUACAUUCCUGCAACAAGACUAAUAUUAAAACUUUCAUCGACUUUCUAAACAUUUGGACAGGCUUGUCUAAACAAAUACGUUCUGGACCAGCCACAGCUUUGGGAUCAAGGGCAAGGGAAGCCCCACAGAGAGUGCAUCGCACUCAUCCAGUCUUGAAGUCGCCAGUGCCUGAACUGCUGUGUCCAGGCCUUGAAGCCACCAGGGGGCUCUCCUCUGUGCCACAGCCUGGAGGUGCGCUGGAGCAAAGCACGAUGGUGCUCUCAUGCGCUGAGGACUGCUGCACCAUCUCCUCAAGCCGAGAGGAGAAGGGGACGGGCUCCGUGUGUUUUUUGUCUGACGUUGCCACGGCAUAUAAAUACCUCCUAAGUCUCUUAAGUUCUUAGCCCUGAGGAUGAGUCAGUCCACCCGCCUUUAAGAAGCUUAAUUCUUCCUCCUCGGCUCUCGGAAGGAAAGGUUUCUGGUGUCCUAGAAGCUUGGGCCUCGACCGGCUUGCAGGCCCAGGGCAAGAAAUAUUCCAGCCUGCAACACUUUCUGCAUAAAUCAUAGAUCUGGAAGGGACCCCAAGGGUCAUCCAGUCCAACCCCAGGAAUCACAGCUAACCCUGGAGCGUUAGCCACCCCUGGGUUAGAUCUUCAAGCUGCUUCUUCUGCAGUGAAAAGCUUAAAACAAAAAAACUGAGUAACAUACAGUUUGUAAGAAUAUGGGAGAUAAAACAACAGUUCAUUUAAAGUAGGCAAAACGAACAUUUAAAAUGUCAAGCCUGGAAGCUUGUAAUAUGUUAGCAAAGUACUGCCUGGCUCUCAAACUUCCCCCCUGUAGUAAUAAUAAUAAUAAUAAUAAUAAUAAUAAUAAUAAUAAUUUUAUUUAUACCCCGCCCUCCCCGGCCAGACCCGGGUUCAGGGCAGCUAACACCAAUAAAAUCACAGUAAAAAACAUAAUAGGGAGACAGACCACGGCCGAUUUGUGUACCAAUUUAAAAUACAGGUUAAUAUGCAAUUUAAAAUGCAGCCUCAUUUUAAAAGUAGCCCAUAGAUCAAAACCAUAAGGGGAGGGAAGCAUAAGGGUCAGGCUGAGUCCAAACCAAAGGCCAGGCGGAACAGCUCCGUCUUUCAGGCCCUGCGGAAAGAAGUCAAGUCCCACAGGGCCCUAGUCUCUUGUGACAGAGUGUUCUACCAAGUUGGGGCCAGUACUGAAAAGUCCCUGGUCCUAGUUGGGACCAACCUAACCACCUUGCGACCUGGGACCUCCAAAGUGUUGUCAUUUGAGGACCUUAAGGUCCUCCGUGGGGCAUACCAGAAGAGGCGGUCCUGUAAGUACGAGGGUCCUAGGCCGCAUGGGGCUUUAAAGGUCAAAACCAGCACCUUAAACCUGAUCCUGUACUCCACCGGGAGCCAGUGCAGUUGGUAAAGCACUGGAUGAAUGUGAUCCCGCAGUGAGGACCCCGUAAGGAGGGCUAGAAGCUUGCAUCCUUCCUUUAUUCAAAGGAAAGCUGAGCCCUCUCUGGAAUGGCCAAUAAUGCUGUAUUGCUUUUAACACUCGAUUGGGAUCUGCCCACAGUGGCUGGGGAAACUCAGCCAGAUGGGCGGGGUAUAAAUAAUAAAUUAUUAUAUAUUAUUAUUAUAUAGGGAGAUUAGCAUCCUGAUUUUGUGCAUAAUUUUUUGUUGAUAUUGUGUGUGUGUGUAUGUGUGUGUGUGCUCGUGCCAGAUACCCAAACAUCUUUGUUUAAUUAUCCCACCGCAGGUUUUACUAUAAUCAUCGAACCGUUUGAUGACCGAACUCCCACUAUCACCAACCCCAUCUUGCACUUCAGGUGAGCGCCAUGAGGGCACCUGGGAAAUCUAGAGGGCACCCAAUUUUUUUUGGGGGGGGGAUCCUUGGGUCCCUUUCUUCUCUAAAAAGAUGCACGGGGGGGCAGUGGUCAGUCUUGACGGACGACAGGUAACCCCAGGAGUCAACUGCCUGUCAGCUGGAAGGUCAUACAGUGGUGCCUCGCAAGACGAAAUUAAUUCGUUCUGCGAGUUUUUUCGUCUUGCAGAUUUUUCAUCUUGCGAAGCACGGUUUCCCAAAGUCUUCAAAAUCACCAACGUCUUCAAAAACCUCAAAAAAGGCUACCACACCGCGUGCUAUGAGUUGCUCCUUGAAGUCACCCUGGGUAUUAACGGUUUUAAGAAAAAGGAAACAAACUUGCAAGACGUUUUCGUUUUUCGUCUUGCGAAGCAAGCCCAUAGGGAAAUUCGUCUUGCGAAGCAACUCAAAAAACGAAAAACUCUUUCGUCUUGCGAGUUUUUUGUCUUGCGAGGCAUUCGUCUUGCGAGGUACCACUGUAUCUACCGUAUCAUUUGCUCUAUAAGACGCACCAGACGACAAGACGCACCUAGUUUUGGGAGGAGGAAAACAAGGAAAAAAAUGUUCUGAAUCUCAGAAGCCAGAACAGCAAGAGGGAUCGCUGCGCAGCGAAAGCAGCAAUCCCUCUUGCUGUUUUGGCUUCUGGGAUAGCUGCGCAGCCUGCAUUCGCUCCAUAAGACGCACCUCUUACUUUUUAGGAGGGAAAAAGUGAGUCUUAUAGAGCAAAAAAUACGGUAUUUAAUUUAUUUAUUUCAUAAAAUUUAUACACUGCUUGAAUAUUUCUUUAAAAAACACCUCAAAGCAGUUUUUAAAGGCAAGACGGUAAAAUGACAAUUGAGAAAAAUCAGUGACAAUCAUUAAGAGUUCCCCAAAGUUAAAAUAACAGUAGGCUAAGAACAGAUUAAAAUUCACACCAGCUUUCUGAACGUUUAGAACCUUUGAAGUCAGCUCGUAAGCCAAAAGGGUUCCCAGAGUGGUUUGCAUAAAAAUAAGUCAAAACAAGAGCGUCUCUGCCCACAGACUUACAGUCUAAAAAACCCCACACACACAACACACAAGGGAAAGGGAUGAGGAGGGUAGAGGAAAGAAUCAAACACCAAUCAUUAGACAGUUGCUCUUACAACGACCAGCUUGCAAGAGGCAUUAGUGAGACUAGCCUUUCUCAACUUUGGGUCCUCAGCUUGAACUACGACUCCCAUAAUCCCUGACCGCUGUCUAGGAAUGACGGGAGUUGUAGCCCCUCAAAAUCCAGGGACUCAGACUUGAGAAAGGCUGAGACAGACAAUGGCUUUUGUGGGCCCCUCCCAAUAUUAUUUUCCUUUUUCUGUGCGGGGUGUGUGUGCAGAAUCUACCCCGUUUCCCUGUCUCAGUUUCUCGUGAAAUCUUCCCCAAUCCUGCACCUUCCUGAGAUGUUUUGAACCAGAACUCCCCGUGCGACGCUGGGGCUGACGGGAGUUAUAGUUUGACAACAUCCGGACGGCACCAGGUUGGGGAAGGUCGUAGUCGGGUGGAAAUCAGAACGUCCUUUCGAGGCCAAAGCUAUGUUUGCAAAAUGUUGUUUUUUGAGGUUGGAGGAUGGAUGGCGGCCAACAGAUUGAGGUUGAAUCUUGACAAGACUGAAGUACAGGAGGGGACAGGAGGCGGACGGGUGUGGAGGACUCCCUGGUCCUGAAUGGGGUAUCUGUGCCCUUGAAGGAGCAGGUGCACGGCCUGGGAGUCAUUUUGGACUCACAGCUGUCCAUGGAGGCGCAGGUCAAUUCUGUGUCCAGGGCAGCUGUCUACCAGCUCCAUCUGCUACGCAGGAUGAGACCCUCCCUGCCCGUGAACUGUCUCGUGAGAGUGGUGCAUGCUCUGGUUAUCUCCCGCUUGGACUACUGCAAUGCGCUCUACAUGGGGCUACCUUUGAAGGUGACCUGGAAACUAAAACUAAUCCAGAAUGCGGCAGCUAGACUGGUGACUGGGAGCGGCCGCUGAGACCACAUAACACCAGUCCUGAAAGACCUACGUUGGCUCCCAGGACAUUUCCGAGCAAAAUUCAAAAUGUUGGUGUUGACCUUUAAAGCCCCAAACGGCCUCAAUCCAGUAUACUUGAAGGAGUGUCUCCACCCCCAUCGUCCAGCCCAGACACUGAGGUCCAGCUCUGAGGGCCUUCUGGUGGUUCCCUCACUAAGAGGAGCCAAGUUACAGGGAACCAGGCAGAGGGCCUUCUCGGUGGUGGCACCCGCCCUCUGGAACACCCUCCCACCAGAUGUCAAAGAGAUAAACAACUAUCUGACGUUUAGAAGACAUCUGAAGGCAGCCCUCUUUAGGGAAGUUUUUAAUAUUUACUGCUGUAUUGUUUUUUACACUUGAUUGGGAGCCGCCCAGAGUGGCUGGGGAAACUCAGCCAGAUGAGCAGGGUAUAAAUAAUAAAUAAUAAUAAUUAUUAUUAUUAUUAAUUAUUAUUGAGGGGGCGGGAAGCCUGGGUGUUGCGAGGGGGUGGACUAGAUGUCCUUUGGGUGUCCCGUCCAACAAUUCUGUGAUUCUCCACAGCUGCAUGGAUGCCUCCAUCGCUAUCAAGCCGGUCUUUGAGAGGUUCCAGUCGGUCAUUAUCACCUCAGGAGUAAGUGUGGCCUUUUUACCGGGUCCAUGAGGGUCCUCUUCCUGCAGGCCUAAAUUGGUGUGAGUUUGUGUGUGAGAGAGAGAAAAGUGUGAUUUGUGGCCACAUUUUCCACCCCGAUUUCCUCCUCAUUUCUGGCGCAGACCCUUUCGCCGCUGGACAUCUACCCCAAAAUCCUGGACUUCAGGCCCGUCACCAUGGCAACGUUCACCAUGACCCUCGCCAGGACCUGCCUUUGCCCGAUGGUGAGUGCGAGGAGACGGGGCGGUUGGCAGAGGGCUCUCCCCACAGUGCCAGGGCCGCCAUCAGUCCAGAGGAGCAAAGGGUGAAGAGGCCAUUCUGCUUUCUUUAAGGGUCCGGACGCGGCCCCCCAACCUCCAAACCUUCGGGGCUGGUCACUGCCUCUCGGCCCAACCGUUCAGGGUUGUUAUUGUGAAGAGAGAUGCCCCCUUUGAGAUCCCUGGGGGAAAAAGCAGGGUACAAAGGCAAUAAAAUAAAUGCCUUUUCGCCGGACGUUCCACCCCUAAAGGAUUUUUUUGAGGUUCCCUUUCCUUCUGUAAAAAGAGGGGUGUUCGAUUAAUCAACCACCCAACUUCCCCCAUUUCCUUGCCCCCCCCCCAAAAAACGGGCUGUUUUUAAAUCCCCUUUCCCGUUUCAGAUUGUGGGGAGAGGGAACGACCAGGUGACCAUCAGUUCCAAGUUCGAGACGCGCGAAGACAUUGGUAAGGAGGGGGAGCAGAAUAUUUGCCUUGCGUGGGCUUUGCACCCCACCCCUUCUUGCCUAAAAUGCAAAUUCACACCAAGCAUUUUUAAAGGGCUUCAAACAGCCGUGGUUUCUCCCGCCACCACAAAGCAUUCUGGGAGUUGUAGUUUGUUAAGGGCGCUGAAGCUCGACAUCAAAAAACGAAGAUCAUGGCCACUGAGCCCAUCACCUCCUGGCAAAUAGAAGGGGAAGAAAUGGAGGCAGUGAGAGAUUUUACAUUCUUGGGCUCCAUGAUCACUGCAGAUGGGGACAGCAGUCACGAAAUUAAAAGACGCCUGCUUCUUGGGAGAAAAGCAAUGACAAACCUAGACAGCAUCUUAAAAAGCAGAGACAUCACCUUGCCAACAAAGGUCCGUAUAGUUAAAGCUCUGGUUUUCCCAGUAGUGAUGUAUGGAAGUGAGAGCUGGACCAUAAAGAAGGCUAAUCGCCAAAGAAUUGAUGCUUUUGAAUUCUGGAGCUGGAGGAGACUCUUGAGAGUCCCAUGGACUGCAAGAAGAUCAAACCUCUCCAUUCUCAAGGAAAUCAGCCCUGAGUGCUCACUGGAAGGACAGAUCCUGAAGCUGAGGCUCCAAUACUUUGGCCACCUCAUGAGAAGAGAAGACUCCCUGGAAAAGACCCUGAUGUUGGGAAAGACGGAGGGCCCAAGGAGAAGGGGACGACAGAGGACAAGAUGGUGGGACAGUGUUCUCGAAGCUACCAGCAUGAGUUUGACCAAACUGUGGGAGGCAGUGGAAGACAGGAGUGCCUGGCGUGCUCUGGUCCAGGGGGUCACGAAGAGUCGGACACGACUAAACGACUAAACAACAGGGCGCUGUGAGUUCUAAGGCUCCCCUCGCAGAGCUACAGGGUGGUUUUAACAAUCCGUCCCUAUUCCUCACUCACAGGGAGCUUUGGGAAUUGUAGUUCUCAGAGGGUCUCCUAACAAAUCUCAGCGCCUUUCUCAAACUACAGUUUCCAGGAUUCUUUAGGGGAAAGAUGCAGCUGUUUAAAGGGCUUUAAAUUCCUGGCGCAGGAGCGGCCAGGAGUGAGAACGUGGUUGGGUCAUGGGUCUCCUCUGCCCUCUUCGCGGCAGGGGUUGAGGGAGGGAAGGCUUCCUUGUGGCUCUCUCCCCAAAACGGUCCUUGAUUUUCUCGCAGCCGUAAUCCGCAACUACGGGAAUCUGCUGCUGGAGAUGUCAGCCAUCGUCCCGGACGGCAUCGUGGCCUUUUUCACCAGCUACCAGUACAUGGAGAACAUUGUGGCCUCGUGGUAUGAACAGGUACGUGCGAGUGUGCGCACACGCAUGUUUGGGGAUCGGGUCCGGGUCUUUGCUGCCGGCUGGGAGGCUACUGAGAGUGACCUUUAGAGGGUGGUCAUUGGAAGCAUUGGAAAAUUGGGGGCAGAAAAAAGGAAGGAACGCAGUGCCAAGUUAAACUGUGGAACCCCCUGCCACAAGGAUGGCCUCUGACCGAAUCCUCUCUUCGAGCCGUCUCUCGGUCUGUUACAGCUUCUUGUGGGAGGGAGUUCCACAGUCUAACCACCUGCUGCAUGAAGAAGCCUUGUGACUUUUUGAAUUUCACGCACCCCCCCCCCCCCCCGGUUUUUCUCUCCGGCCGCUGCAGGGGAUCCUAGAGAACAUCCAGCGCAACAAACUCAUCUUCAUCGAGACGCAGGACGGAGCGGAGACGAGCAUGGCCCUUGAGAAGUACCAGGAGGUGAGCCGCCAGCGGGUCGCAGUGGCAGGCAGUUCCCCUGGUGAACAGUGGGGCAGGGCUAAUAAGCAGUGACCUCGAAGUACUCACCAUUACUGAAUGAAAUCCGCCCUGUUCGUUUUACCAGCGCAGUUUAUUUCAAAUGUUUGAAAACUUACUUUAUUUUUGAAGAAAUCUCUGAGCCAUGUAAAAACAUUAGAAGAGUUAACAGUACCGUUAAAAUAGGAUUCAUUGAGGAUUAAGUGAAUUAAGAAGAAUGGAAAUGCAGGUGUAAUUGAUGAUGGAGUCAUCUGUUUUGAUUGUACCUUAUAGCAAACAACGACCGCCGUAAGGGAAGAAAUAAGAGUUAAAUUUAUUGUGCUUUAAAGGAGUUAAUCUGAAUCCUGAAAUACUGUUCCUGACCAGGGUGUGUUUAGUACCGUAUUUUUCCCUCUAUAACACGCAGAUUUUUUCUCCUAAAAAGUAAGGGGAAAUGUCUAUGCGUGUUAUUGAGCGAAUGUGUGGUCCCUGGAGCCGACUGGCCCGAGUGCAUCACACAUUUUCUUCGAGGGUCGUCUUCGUUGCGGUCAGCAGAAGCCAGGGAAGUGCUUGCUAGGAGGUUUGGCCACUCUGCAGCGCGACUGUGUGUUUGCUAGUGUGUGUGCUUUGUGAGUGUGUGGUUGCCUGUGUGUUUGUUCGCUAGCGUGGGAGCUUGGAGGGAGUGAGAGAGUGACUGACUGCUGCGUCUUCUCCUGCAAUUUGCCUUUUAAAAAAUUGGAAGCAGCGGGGCAGUAAAAACCACCUCCGAAAGCCCCAUUUUUCCCUUCUAAGGCUGCAGCUCGGCUUUGGGAGCCCUGAACCCCUGCCUUGUUCUUGAGGGAUCUUUGAGGUUUUCCCUUUAGCUUUAACCCAGCCCCCUUAUUUUACCAGUUUAUCUUCAUUCUCGGUGUGGUAAACUGAUUGCAGGCAGCCACACGUGCGUUGGAGCCUCCCGAGAGAGAAAGCUGUUGCUUUCCUGCAUUCUGCCUCAGAGUCUUACUGCCCACCCUCUUCUGUUUCGUUACUGUGUUUGCUCAAAGGGAACAAAGAGUAGAGAAAACCCCUCCCCUCCAGGCAAGCAGAGGGGAAAGCAGAGCGUCCUUCCUUCUACCGUAAUUCCUCUCCGUGCUCCGGUGCUGCUGCUGCUGCGUCUAGGGACUCGCAGGCAACAUGCAGGUGGGCGGGGAGAGAGAGAGAGAGAGAGAGAGAGAGAGAGCGCUAGCUGGGUGGGUGGCUGGGGGAACUUUUGCCUUCCUUUCCUCCCUCCGGUAAAACCCCUCUCCUGCAUUCUUAGCCAGCUGCUUCUCCGCACACCCCUCUCGGUGCUCCUUGUCCCUUCUAUGUUUUUCCUUCCCUCCCCACUUAAAACGUGGUUACAAAGCACGGAUCCACAUGGAUCCUUAGGACCUUUGCAUUGGGUCACCCCAAAUUCACCAUCAGAUCACAUAGCAUGUCCAUGGCUGCAGCUUGCACCAAAAAAAUCACGCACCCACUGUUGCCUGGGGCUGCAAUGGUACAAAAACGUGGUUACAAAGCACAGAUCCACAUGGAUUCUUAGGAUUUUUGCAUUGGGCUACCCCAAACUCACCGUCAAAUCACAUGUCUGUGGCCACAGCAUGACGCACAAAAAUGAUACAUCCACUGUUUCAUUCAGAAUUUUUUUUUCUUGUUUUCCUCCUCUAAAAACUGUGUGCGUGUUAUGGUCAGGUGCGUGUUAUCGAGCGAAAAAUACAGUAAUUUACAUUAAUACUCUAAUGAGUGAAACUUUUGGAGCAGAGUUUGGUAUGGAAUAUCUGUCUUAGCUAGCUAAACAAUAUCCUCAAAACAAAAAUAUAAAACCAGUAAAACAGUAGUAUAAAAUCAUAUAAAAAUGGGGAUUGACAAAAUCCAAUCUUACGGUUAAGGGAAAGUCUGGGCAAGAAGAUUCAGGUGUGGCAGAAUAUUCAUUCUGCCUUUAUAAUAAACUGAUCUUUCAGCGUGGCAGGAACCAAACUGUGGAACUCCCUGUUGAUGUCAGGCUGGCACCAUCACUGAACUGUUUUCGGUGCCUGCUAUAAACACUGUUUUCGUUCUGGCAAGCAAACCCAGAUAUUUGGAUUGCUGACAUAAAUCCAGGGGGAAAAUCAGGGCAAAAUUAUUCCCCCCUCAAGUGAUGGCCGCCAUGUGGACAAACUGGCCGGAUUUUGCAAUGCGUGUCUUGUCUCUUGUUUACCAGGCCUGCGAAAAUGGACGGGGAGCCAUUUUGCUGUCUGUAGCCAGGGGGAAGGUCUCUGAAGGGAUCGACUUCGGUGAGUACCUCUACCUGCCCUCUCCUAUUUUUCUCCUGAAAUUCCUCUCAUCUCUGUCUCUUUCUCUGCCAGAGAGAAAAAAGGAAGAGAUUUAAGCAUGUGGACUAGAAACUUAGAACAUGGGUAGGCAAACUAAGGCCCGGGGGCCGGAUCCGGCCCAAUCGCCUUCUAAAUCUGGCCCGGGGAUGGUCCGGGAAUUAGCGUGUUUUUACAGGAGUAGAAUGUGUGCUUUUAUUUAAAAUGCACCUCUGGGUUCUUUGUGGGGCAUAGGAAUUCGUUCAUUUCCCCCCCCCUUCAAAAUAUAGUCCGGCCCCCCACAAGGUCUGAGGGACAGUGGACUGGCCCCCUGCUGAAAAGGUUUGCUGACCCCUGACUUAGAAGAUGACACACACACAGGGAAGCACAGCAGAUAUUAGCUUCAGGGAGGCAAGAUGCCACUGUGAGUGUGGUUACUGGGGCCCGACAACCGAAGGUGCUUGCUGCCUUCACACCCUCCAGGAUGCUGGACCAGAUGGGCGAGGGGCCUCAUCCAGCAGGGAUCUUGUUGGAAUCAUAGAAUUGUAUAGUUGUAAGGGACGCGGGUGGCGCUGUGGGUUAAACCACAGAGCCUACCACUUGCCGAUCAGAAGGUCGGCGGUUCGAAUCCCCGCGACGGGGUGAGCUCCCGUUGCUCGGUCCCUGCUCCUGCCAACCUAGCAGUUCGAAAGCACAUCAAAGUGCAAGUAGAUAAAUAGGUACCGCUCCGGCAGGAAGGUAAACGGCAUUUCCGUGCGCUGCUCUGGUUCGCCAGAAGCGGCUUAGUCAUGCUGGCCACAUGACCCGGAAGCUGUACGCCAGCUCCCUCGGCCAGUAAAGCGAGAUGAGCGCCGCAACCCCAGAGUCGCCCACGACUGGACCUAAUGGUCAGGGGUCCCUUUACCUUUUAAGGGACCCUAAGGGGUCAUCUAGCCCAACCUCAUUCAAUGACGCAAGAAUUGCAGCUAAAGGAUCCCUGGCAGGUGGCCGUCUACCUCCCUGCUGUAAAACCUCCAAGGGACAAUGGAAUCAUAGCAUCGUAUCGUUGGAAGAGACCCCCAGAGCCCAUCUAGUCCACCCCCCCCCCCCCGGAAUCUCAGCCACUGCAUGUCAUUCAACCCGGUUUAGAUUUGUGUCCUUCUCCGCAGUCCACCACUACGGGAGAGCCGUGAUCAUGUUUGGCGUGCCCUACGUCUACACCCAGAGCCGAAUUCUGAAGGUGAGUCCGGUGUCUCCUCUCUGCCUGCGCAUUCAAGCUGGGCUCCCUGCCUCCUUCCUCCGUCUUGGCUCCAGAGCAGGUGCCUCCCAGGAGCUGUCUCCUCGAGGCUGCGUGACUCUCCUGGGGCUCCACCGGCGCACAACAAACCUUGGCGUCUCCUGGAUACGGGGAGGGCGAAGAGGAUGUCUCUUCCCAGCUCCUCUUCUGCUGAGCUGGAGGUGGGAAUUUCUGUACAGCAAGCAAGGAGGGGAAACUGUUGUGACACACACACACACACACACACACACACACACACACACACAUAUAACUUCAGAUAUGCAGAAAGAACCUUUUAUUGAAGGUGAAAGAGGAGAGCGCAAAAUAUGGUCUGAAGCUCAACAUCAAAAAAACGAAGAUCAUGGUCACUGGGCCCAUCACCUCCUGAAGGGGAAGAAAUGGAGGCAGUUAAGAGAUUUUACUUUCUUGGGAGAAAAGCAAUGACAAACCUAGACAGCAUCUUAAAAAGCAGAGACAUCACCUUGCCAACAAAGGUCCGUAUAGUUAAAGCUAUGGUUUUCCCAGUAGUGAUGUAUGGAAGUGAGAGCUGGACCAUAAAGAAGGCUGAUUGCCGAAGAAUGGAUGCUUUUGAAUUCUGGUGCUGGAGGAGACUCUUGAGAGUCCCAUGGACUGCAAGAAGAUCAAACCUCUCCAUUCUGAAGGAAAUCAGCCCUGAGUGCUCACUGGAAGGACAAAUCCUGAAGCUGAGGCUCCAAUACUUUGGUCACCUCCUAAGAGAAGACUCCCUGGAAAAGAUCCUUCAGAAUGGAGAGGUUUGAUCUUCUUGCAGUCCAUGGGACUCUCAUGAGUCUCCUCCAGCACCAGAAUUCAAAAGCAUCCAUUCUUCGGCGAUCAGCCUUCUUUAUGGUCCAGCUCUCACUUCCAUACAUCACUACUGGGAAAACCAUAGCUUUAACUAUACGGACCUUUGUUGGCAAGGUGAUGUCUCAAGAAGAUGAACUACGUGCUGCUUAAAGAAGAGCUUUGAUGGCAGCCUUCACCAGGAAGGGGCUGGUGGGAGUUGUAGUCCAAAAGAGCCAGAGGGUGCCUGGUUGGCAAGGCUGUGUACAUGUUGGGAUGUCGCCGGCCCCAUGCCCAGAGCUAAAACCCCUGGCAGAGAAUCUGGGAUCUGAAUUGGCUUACUUGAUCCCAAUUAAGUCAGAUUAAGGAGCCGUCAGCCUGCUUCUAGUAAAGAAAUAAGCUUUCAGGAGAGACCUAGCGCUGUCAAAAUCCCAGCCCAGGAUUUUGCUGUAUUUUCCUUUGUUGUAUUUAAACGGCUUCUUGGAGAAGGGUUAGGCCACUGGUUCACAAAGAUUUUGGGGGGACCCUGCCCCCUUGGUUCCAUACACUCAUCCCCUGUGCCCCCAACGCUGUAAAAAUGCACUGGGGAUACCAGCAAAUGGAGGUGGGGAGAGUAGCUCUUGGGCCCGGAUCCUGCUCACUGGUUUUCCAUGUUGGGCAUCUUCUGGUCGCCCCCCCCCCCCCGGUGAGCACAUGAUGCUGAACUAAUGAUGAUGAUGAUGAUAAAACAACAACAACAACAACAAUAAUAAUAAUAUUUUAUUUAUACCCCGCCCUCCCCAGCCAAGACCGGGCUCAGGGCGGCUAACACCAGGUAUAAAAACAAUUUAUUAAAAUACAACUUAAAAACAAGAUUAAAAUGCAACCUCAUUUCAGUAGAAACUCAAAUCAAAAACUUUUGGGGGAUGAAAUCCAGACUGGUCCUACAUGGGCCAGAAAAAAGCCAGGGAAGUCCCCAAAUAGGAGUUCCAUCACAGAAGGAAAAACGAAAGAGGGAAAGGGGAUCAAGUUGAUUCCAAGCCAAACGCCAGGCGGAACAACUCUGUCUUCCAGGCCCUGCGGAAAGAAAUCAGAUCCUGCAGGGCCCUGGUCUCAUGAGACAGAGCGUUCCACCAGGCCGGAGCCACUGUUGAAAAGGCCCUGCCUCUGCUUGAGGCUAAUCUGACUUCCUUAGGGCCCGGGACCUCUAGGGCGUUGCUAUUUAUGGACCUUAAGGUCCUCUGUGGGGCAUACCAGGAAAGGCGGUCCCAUAGGUCAUUAUAACUAGAUGGGUCAUUGGCUUGAUCCAGCAUCUUACAGCUUUAUUUAGGUCUGCAUGACCUACCAAGAAAGACAACAGCACAGCAAAAUUCAAAACCAUUGCAAUGAGCUGCGCUUCUGUUCUAACGUCAACAAACACCAUACAGUGGACCCUCUGGAUACGGAUUUAAUUCAUUCCGGGGGUCCAUGCGCACCCUGAAAAAUCCGUAUCCAGAGGCACUGCUUCUGCGCAUGCACGAGCAGGGAAACCCGGGAAAAUGCUUCCGGGUUUGCCGCUUUUGCAACCCGACGUUUACGUUACUCGAGAGUAACCUAACCCGAGGGUCUACUGUAUGGCGGAAUCUGUUCAACAAGACAUGCCACGAUGCCAACUUUUCAAAGUCUGAAAGUCAGUUCCAGCGCCUCCCCCUGUGUCUUAUCAAUAUCCUUCUUAAAUUGUGGCGCCCAGAAUUGGACGCAGUAUUCCAGGUGUGAGUCUGACCAAGGCGGACGGAAUAGAGUCUGUUGCUUUCCUUGAUCUGGACACGGAUGCAGCUGAGAAUAGCUGGAUAGUAGCUUUGGUGAAGACCUGAUGUUUUCAUCCCCCCAAAAGUUUUUGAUUUGAGUUUCCAUUGAAACGAGGCUGCGUUUUAAUGUUGUAUUUUAAUCUUCUUUUUAAGUUGUAUUUCAAUCAGUUUGUUUUUAUAUCGGUUGUUAGCUGCCCUGAGCCUGGUCUUGGCUGGGCAGGGCAGGAUAUAAAUAAAAUUUAUUAUUAUUAGCAUUAGCAUUAGCGUUCUUUGCUGCUAAUUUUCACAUUCAGAUCAGCAGAUUUUUGCAUGCAGGGAACUGCAUUUGUGUGUGUGUGUUUGUGUGUGUGUGUGUGUUUUUUUUUCCUCACUGGGUGCGGGGAGGAGAGCCGAAAAAGGACACACAAACACACACAGAGACCUCCAUGCCAGCCCCCUUUCCCCAGGCCCGUCUAGACUACCUGCGGGACCAGUUCCAGAUCCGCGAAAACGAUUUCCUGACCUUCGACGCCAUGCGCCACGCAGCCCAGUGCGUGGGGAGAGCCAUUCGCGGCAAGACCGACUACGGCCUGAUGGUCUUCGCUGACAAGGUUUGCCGGGGGGCGGGGCAGAAAUCCGGAGCAGUGGCGCACUGUUCCGCAGACUCGGAGGGGGAGGUGGGCGUGUGGGCAAUGGCGGGCACCCAUUCUCCCCAGGUAACACGCCGCACGACUCUCGGCAGCGCUUUGCGCGGGCGGACAAACGAGGCAAGCUCCCCCGCUGGAUCCAGGAGCACAUCACGGACGCCAACCUCAACUUGACGGUGGAUGAGGCCGUGCAGGUGUCAAAGUUCUUCUUGCGCCAAAUGGCCCAGCCGUUCCGCAAGGUGAGUGGCGGGAGAGGAGGUUCCGGGUUGGCUGACUUUUAACUGGGCUGGAGGAAGGGACUUGGGGAGUGCCAACGGUCCACAGGUUAGCGGGAGCAAUACUUGCCUUGCCCCGGGUACAGGCAACCCACGCUAUGUCACUGCUGGGAUAAACGGCGUUUCCGUGCGCUGCUCUGGUUCGCCAGAAGUGGCUUAGUCCUGCUGGCCACAUGACCCGGAAGCUGUACGCCGGCUCCCUCGGCCAAGAAAGCGAGAUGAGCACCGCAACCCCAGAGUCGGUCACGACUGGACCUAAUGGUCAGGGGUCCCUUUACCUUUUUAACUUAGGAUUGGAGGGGGUGGCAGGUAUGAGGACGAGCCCUUCCUACUCCUGACCCCAGAUCCCAUCCUCUCUUUCGCCAGGAGGACCAGCUGGGUCUGUCUCUCCUCACCUUUGAGCAGCUGCAGUCGGAGGAGACGCUACGCAAGGUGCAGGAAAUUGCCCACCAGGUGUGAGGCAAGCAGGAAGAGGAAGCAGAAAGCACAAAUGGGGGUCUCCCCGCAGCUCCUGCCUCAGCCUGGCCCACCGGCGGAGACGAAAUCAGAGGGGCCAAACUCACAUGGAUUGCAUACCCCACACACCCACACCCAAAAAGACUCUGAUUGCCAGUUCCAGAUUUUGGACUCAGGUUGCAAUAAAAUAGUUUUUUUGUUUUUCUUAAGUGCUGAGUGUUAUUCAUUCUGCUUUGCUAUCCUG